AUGAGUAUAAUUUCAUCAACUGAUGCCAGUGAUGAUGUCGAAUUUGAAGAUCUUCCGGAUCCCUAUCAUGUUUCUGAUGACGAAGAUCCAUAUUACAUUCCAACGCAAAAAUGCAAAAAGCAAAAAAGAAUAAAAGACUUCUUAACAAUAAAUUUGCCGUCUACAAGCACAAGCAAGGUCGCAGUUUCGGAGCCUGCUCCAGAGUCUUCAGACCAACUAACGACAAAUAUUAAAAGUAGCUGUCUUUUGGAUGGAAAGUUUUUUGAAGUUAUCAGUCAAAUACGUUUCGUUUUCGAGAUAUCCACAUUAACUCAAUGUGUUAAAGUGCUUUCCAAACGACUCAUAUAUUUCAUAUUUAAAAAAAAUAUUGUUCUUAUUUACUACAAGACAAACCGGUCGACGGCGGUAAGAAGAAUUGAUCAAUUACAUUCAAAUAUGUGUCAUGACAUAAAAGAAAAACUUAAAGAUACCGAUUAUGUAUGUACCACAACCGACAUAUGGUCUUCAAAAUCUAGAAGUUUUUUAGGCGUCACAUGUCAUUGGCUUGAUGAAAAUUUAACAAGACACUCUGCAGCAUUGGCGUGCAAAAGAUUUGAAGGAACGCACUCAUAUGAUCGAAUAGCUGAUAUUUUGGAUGAAAUUAAUAAAAGCUUUAACCUCAGUGCAAACAAAAUAAUGGCAACAAUUACUGACAAUGGUAGUAAUUUUGUUAAAUGCUUCAAAGAAUUUGGCCUGAUAAAUAACACUUCAUAUACUCCAGCAGAUGAUGAUUUUAAUUUGCCCCCAACAAAUGACGAAAUUGAUAGUGACAUUUAUCCAGAUUUUAAUUUUAACGAAACCGUUUUUGACGAAUCGAAUGCCGAGAGAGGGCACCGUCUUUGGAACAAAGCAGGUAGACCUAAAUCCUCGGAAAUAAUUAAAAACCUUCUUGGUCACACAUUUAGUAUUCCUGGAGUAACCCGAUGGAAUUCAUUGUACGACGCUGUACAGAAAAUACUUAAGUCUAAGGAAAAAUUGCCUUUAUUAUGCGAAAGACUUAUGAUUGCACCUUUUAGAGAAAAUGAAAUUCUUUUUUUGGAAGAAUAUAUUCAAAUUAUGAAACCUCUAGCUGAAACUUUGGAUUUUCUACAGGGUGAAGAAAAUACCUACUAUGGAUAUUUGCUACCCAGUAUAGUUUCUAUGAGAACAAAAAUGCAAAAACUAAAACUAUCAAAUGAAAUAGAACAGCUUCUACGACCUCUGGACUUUAUAAUUGAUUCAAUUGAUCGCAGAUUUGCUUUUUUACUUACUCUUAAAAAAGAAUCAAGGACAGCGGUCAUUGCAGCAGUCCUUUGUCCCAGAUUUAAAAUAAGAUGGUACAACGUGUUUAAAAAUACUGAAAUUUCAACAACAUCGAAGGAAAUUCAGUCAUGGGUAAUCGAAGCAAUAGAAGCAAGUAUUUCUGAAGCAGGAUUUAAAACCCCAGAAAAACAAAUAUAUAACGAUAAUGAUCCAUUUUUUGAUUUUAAGGAAGAUACUGAGUCAUUCUCUUCCAGUGCUGGAAAUUUAUUAGUUGAUGCGAAAGCGAAGAGUCAAUCCGAACUGGAACUCCUAAAAUACCUAAACGAUCAAAGAACCAGUCUCAGCAUGCUAGACGAUUAUAAAUAUAUUAAAAUUGUUUUUCGUAAAUACAAUACAAUCCUCCCAUCAUCAGCUCCUGUUGAGCGCCUUUUUAGUUUUGCCCAAAUUAUUAAUGCGCCUCGUAGGCAUGCUUUAAGUGACAGCAAUUUUGAAAAACUGGUAACGUUAAAAGCAAAUAAGUUUUAG